AGCUUAAGCAAUCUGCAGCCUAUUUAACAGAUGUUUACAGUGAGGAUCAUUACAGUCAGCCAUGGGUCUUCCUGGGAAACAGACGUGGACAUGGACACUGUAUGUCCUUUUUUGUGGGAUGUGUGUUGGUCAGCUGGUGCCAGAACCACAUUACAUGGUGGCCUUUCCAGCAGUCCUUGAAGCUGGAGCUGAGACCAAGUUCUGCGUGAGCCUCUUUCAGCCCAAUGAGACUUUAGUCCUGACUGUCACUCUGAGGUCCCAAGAGAGGAACACGACUCUUUGUGAAAAGACUUCCAGCACAGAGUUUCAUGACUGCCUUCAGUGUCAGAUUCCUUCUGUAGACAAAGAAGACAUUUGGGACAUUGAGGUAGUGGUACGGGGAAACACGUUUUACUCCAGAGAAGUAAGGAAAAUCAUGAUCAACGACUAUAAACCAAAAACCUUCAUCCAAACAGAUAAACCCAUCUACCUCCCUGGACAGACAGUGCAUUUCAGAUUGGUCACACUGGAUUCCCAGCUGAGACCUGCUAGUCAGUUGGUGAGUAUUUGGUUGUUUUCUUUAGUCAUUUACAAUUGUGACCAAUGUGCUUAUAUUAAACACAUUUGGGUUUAUUAGAAUGACAUGCUUGGUUGUAAUUGUGUUUGAUCAGAGGUCUGAGUCAUUUCUGUCAGCUGUUAUAAUCUGAACUGAUAACCAGUUUGUACCCAGUGGAUGCACGAUGCACAAUUUCACAGUUUGAUAAAGGGGACAUUUGUCCUCCACCUUAUCAAAGCAGAUGUCUCCUGUCUCCUAUAUGCAGAUGAUAUUCAGCUGUACUGCUCCUUUAAGGAUUCUGAGUUCUACAAACUGUCUGAAUUACUAGAGUGUCUAUCAGCUAUCACCAGCUGGCUAGAAGAUAACUUCCUUCUGUCACGAUACGGAGAUGGUUUGGACCCAAAAUGCAGAACCCAGGAUGACACGGGGCAGGAGAUGAUAUAAAGAAAAUCCUUUUAUUUCAGGAUGAGUCCAAAAUAUAAAUAAAUCCAAAAGGGCUGGAAGCCAAAAAAUCUAAAAUGUCCAAAAUAUAAACUAGAGAUCAAAAACACUAGAGACAACGAGAAGCACCAAGGAACACUAGAGAACGAGAAGUCUGACAGAAUACCACAAUGGACCGACACAAGACAGAGACAAGACAGGGCUUAAAUACAC